GGAAGGGCGGGGAGACAUGGGGUCAGCCCCUCGCCCUCCCAAGGGCCCGAUGGACAAAAUGAAGGCUGGUCUCCAAAGCGGAGCCCCCAGUGGGGACGCGCCGGCUGACCCUCCAAGACAGAGUGUGACUUCCGUGUUCCGGACCUAAAACCCGCAGCGGUCGGGUCAGGGGCCCCCCUCCCACCCCCUUUUUCAGCUCUUCCCAGUAGCUCUUUGCACCCAUAUGGAGUAUAUACUGUGUGUGCCAGGAGCACCCCUCUGUACAGCGGAGGCUGGUCCCGGGAUCGGGGAAAGGCUUCAGUCCAGACCCUGAAUGGCUGAUCUCCACUUGGCACCACCUCUGCCUGUGGGUGUGAUGCUCCCGCAUAAUAAAACAAAAGCUCCCGGGCUCCACGCAAGUAAGCAAGACCCCUAUGAAAAAGGUGACUCUCCCCAGAUGUCCUCAAUGGGGCACCUGAGGCAUCAUUCCCAGGAGAAGCUUUUGAGCAACAAAGAGCUGACGCUGAAUCAUCUCUACCCUCACUCCAAACGGAACACCUGUGAGAGAGCUGGGAGCUGCUUCUGUCCCCACCGUGCUGGACUCAGCCAGCAAGAGCCAAAAAGCCACCCCCAGAGCCAAGCCAAGGAUUUGUUUUACUCAUCAGGCCCUCAGUCCCGGUACCCCAAAGCAAAUAACCAUGAAUUCAUCCCCUUUACAAAGAAGCGAGUUGGAGUGGACCGGGCAUACCCACUGAAACCUGUGUUCCACAGGAAGUCUCAUAGUACAGGUGAGACUGGCAUGGAUGGGGACCAAGACAUCUCUCCAAGACCCCCUGAGCCAAGGGAGUUGUCAUACAGAGGCUUUGGUUUGAGGAACUGGGCCGGCUCAUCUGUGGUUGGUACUGUUGCUGCCAGGCAGGGGGAGAGGACCAUGGCAAACCCCACCCGGACCGAGUGGCUGCAGAUCCAAAGACUAGAAGCUGCAGGGGAGAAUUUAGAGGAGGAAAUUCGAAGAAAAGAGACCCUCCUACGGGAAAAGCUGAAGAAGACAGAAGAAGAACUCAGAAGGAUCCAGAAGGAAAAAGAACAGGCUGAGGAAAAUGAAAAAAGAGAGUUACAGAGACUGACACUCCCCAGGAGGAGACUUAAAGGUAAUAGCAACACCACGUACAGACCUGUCUUCUCCCCAGACUAUGGCUCUAAGGAGGUCUUCAGUGGAGAGGAGGAAACCUGGGGAGGGUCUCAAGAAAAUCGUAGUCCAUUCCAGUUCUCUGGUUAUGGGAUGCAGAAGCUCAAAAGGGAAAGACUAGUGGCAAACAACAAAAAAAUCCGAGACCAAGCCUCGGGGCAGGUGAAGGAGAAGUGUCCUCAGCCUACAGAAGCGCCAGGCAGCAAUUCUAACUGGUCUAGGGCACCACACUCCUCAGGUUCCAGCUGUUCCACCGAAGAGCCAGAACUGGGCAAAUGCAGCCACUGUGGACGCAACUUUCUCUUGCUCAGGCUGGAGAGACACUCCAACGUCUGCAGCAGGAUGCAGGGUUCCAAGAGGAAAGUGUUUGACUCCUCCCGGGCCCGGGCCAAGGGCACAGAACUAGAGCAGUACUUGAACUGGAAGGGACCAGCCUCAGUCAAGGCUGAAGCUCCGCGGAAGAGCAACUGGAGACAGAAGCAUGAAUCCUUCAUCCGUACCCUCCGCCAGGCUCGAGAGGUCCAGCGGGUAAUUGCCAAAGGUGGAAACCCCUCAGACUUGCCUCCCAUCCCGCCUGCAGAAAAUCCAGACUAUAUUCAGUGUCCUCACUGUAGCCGUCACUUUGCUCCCAAGGUGGCUGAGCGGCACAUUUCCAAGUGCAAGACCAUCAAGAACCGUCCUCUGCCUCCAAGGAAGCAUUCCAGUUGAGCAGACAACAGUGGAAACCUCCUCAGUCGUAACAGAAAGCUCUGCUUCUCUUGAGCAGUACGUAGGAGUAGAAUGAUUUGAUGCAAAGCAGGAAGAACUAGAAUUUGUACAUCUCCCAGAUCGGCCUGCAGAGCUGAACUCAGGGAGGAGAAACCCACUGCUAAGCAGCAGGAGGCAGAAGGAAGUCUCAGCCUCCCACUGAAUUACCACCUCAGGCUGGUGUGCCUCAUGUUACUGCCCUAAGAACUGAUGGGUGAAGACAGUUAAGAGUGGCGAGCAGGCUACAUUAAAGCUGUCUUCUCAGGA